AUGGACAUCACUAUCACCAGACACUUCAGUUUAGAUGAAUCGUCAAUGCGAAGUGGGGCGUUAGCAGCAAUGGAGGCCGAGCCCGACCUCAGCACAUUUGAAAAUAAAUCCGGGCUUGCUGAGGACAUGAAGUUCCUCGCCUCUAUGCCUGAACUUUGCGACGUCACCUUCCUCGUUGGAGACACCAGGGAGCCGGUUUGUGCUGUUAAAGCAGUGCUAGCGGCUCGGAGCAGGGUCUUCCAAAAAAUGCUUUACCAAGCUCCCAGUCCCCAGCGGAAGAAGGAACCAGCCCCUAGGGAGAAUAAACUACGUCUGUUCCUCAAAAGAUCUUCCGAGCCACUCCUCAACCUUCAAAAUGCUGCACAACAGCCAUCUUCACAGCAGCAUCAAACCUUGAUCAUUGAAGAAUUUGAACCCGACGUAUUCCGCCAACUGAUUGAAUACAUUCACACUGGAUGCGUGACCUUACAACCCAGAACAUUGCUCGGUGUGAUGAACGCUGCCGAUUACUACGGACUGGAUGAAUUGAGACGUGCGUGUGCUGGAUUCGUACAAUGUUGCAUUACUGUUGAUACAGUAUGCGCUCUUCUUGCAUCUGCUGAGAGAUAUAUACAGUACAAGUGCACCAAGUCGCUAGUACAAAAGGUGUUGGAAUUCGUAGACGAGCACGGCAACGAAGUGCUAAACCUUGGAUCAUUUACGUUGCUACCGCAGCAUGUUGUCAGGCUAAUAUUGGCGAGAGAUGAACUUCGAGCGGAUGAGUUCACAAAAUUUCAGGCUGCACUCAUGUGGAGCAAGAAGUACUGCGACACAAACCCGAAUAUGAUCCUGAAGGACGUCAUCGGUAACUUCUUGGAGUACAUCCAUUUCCACAAGAUUCCUGCGAAUGUCUUGAUGAGGGAGGUCCACCCACUUGGUUUGGUGCCCUAUUCCAUCAUCAUGAAUGCUUUGGCAUAUCAGGCAGACCCGGCCAGCAUAGAUCCGGGUAAACUGUCCCCGGCGCGAGUGCGGCGUGCUGGUCGUUCUAUGUCCGUGCAGUCAUCGCUCGACCCCUAUGGCAAAAAGUUUGGUGACCGACGUUCUCCGACGCCAAAGACGAGAGAGCCUCGCUCUAAGUCGGAUUCGAUAAAACAUGCCGCUCUUACUAGACAAAUCUCUGAAACAGUGGGAGGUUCAGGGGACCCUACGUUCGAGCGUUGUAGACCAAAGAAACGUGAUAGUGAAACAGAAUUUCCAGUGCGUAAAUCUACAUCAGAAAUUUCUGAGACUUUCCCGUUCGUGAGAAGAGCUUUAGCUGAAAUAGAAAAUGGAUUAAAUUACUUUAGAAGAUCCAUAACGUCAGAUGCAAGUGAACCUAAGUUACCUUUGACAAGAACUGAACCGUUAGUUGUAGUUGCAGCAGCUGAAGACGAGGAGGUACCGAUUUCUCCACCGCCUCCUAUGGGCUUAAAGGAACGUCGAGGUUCCCGUGGAUCACCUUGUGCCAAUCUUCCACCACUAAUGCUUCCACCGAGCACUCCUGAUCCGUCACCGGGACGUUUGUCACCCCAUAGACUAUCUCCGCAAAGACCAAAAGAGCCAAUAUCGGCUCCAGUAAUGGCAAUGAUACGAAAUCCUACGGCACCUCGACGUUCACGAACACGCUCUGAAAUGCCUCCAGAGCCUCCACCGCGUUCCCCACAGACUCCUCGACCAGCGUCUGUUUCUCCUAAACAUACUUUUGCAUUCAAAAUAGUACUAAAGAAAGUGGAGAGUACACCGAAUACGUCAUUUGAUAAACCAGACCAAUGA